GCAGCAACGGCUGCUCCAGUUCGCUAUGCGCAAAAGGCAAAAGCUCCUACCGGGGCUAUCCGAUCUAACCGUACUCGUCCUGCUCGCUCGGUUCGCCCUGGUGCUCGGUCAAACGACCUGCAACAACGGCCAGGGACGUGUACUAUACGAGCGACUCCCGAACCAGCAGCUGCAAGGCUUCGACGAUGACGUCGUGCGUGAUUCGGCACCACCGUUUCGGGUGCUGGAGAAAUGCCAGGACCUCUGUCUACGGGAUCGAACUGCAUCGAACAAUCUUGGCCGUGCCUGCACAAGCUUCGACUUCCAGCCCGGCAGCCGAAUUGCAUCGUUCAGUGGAAGCGUUGAGUAUGAGGAGUCAACGUGCUACCUAACGCGGGAACAGGCCGCUCCCGAAGGUAUCGGUAACCUGAUGCUCGUGCCGAACAGUGUACAUUUUACGGAAGUUUGCAUCACCUCUAGUCGACCCGAUCGGGAAUGUCCCAGCCGGCGUUACGUGUUUGAACGUCAUCCAAGAAAGAAGCUGAAGCUCCCAGUAUCCGACAUCAAGGAGGUGACGGCAGCUAAUCGUUCCGACUGCGAGGAUAAGUGUCUUAACGAGUUCUCGUUUGUGUGCCGUUCGGCUAACUAUGAUUCGACGUUGCGCAGCUGUGCCAUGAGUCGUUUCACUAGACGAACGCACCCGGAACUGCUGGAAGAUGAUCCCAACUCGGACUAUCUAGAGAACACCUGUCUAAAUGCGGAACGGCGUUGCGACGGAUUGAUCGUGUACGUAAAGGAGGAAAACAAGCGCCUCGGUGGUCCGUUUGAGGUGGAGAUCUUUAACAACAUGACGCUGGAAGAGUGCCAGUCGCUGUGUCUCCGCGCGGAAAAGUAUUUCUGUCGUUCGAUCGAGUUUGAUGAUCAAACCAAGCAAUGCAUCCUGUCGGAGGAAGAUUCCGUCUCGCAGAAGGACGAUCUCAGCAUCAGUUCCAGCCCAACCCACCACUUUUACGAUCUUGUCUGUCUGGAUAAUCAGCGUGGUACCGAAUAUCCGGACAACUCCGUCACGUCCCAUCUGUUUGCGAGUGGCCGUAGGCCCGAUACCGCCUUCCAGCGUUAUCGCAACUCGCGGCUGGGCGGUGAGUUUCACUCGGAAAUCACUGGCAGGUCGCUUAGCGAGUGUCUUGACGAAUGCCUGCGGCAGACGAGCUUCCAAUGCCGGUCAGCCGUCUAUAGCGAUCGGUUCCGCACCUGUCGUCUCAGCCGCUACAACCAGCGGGACGGUAUGCGCAUCAUCUACGAUGCCGAUUACGAUUACUAUGAGAAUUUGAUGCCGCACCUAGUUGGAGGAGACACGGACACGACGAAUGGACGACCGGAUCCUACGGAUUGGAGACCACCGUACGGAGGAGGAGGCCAUUUGUUCGCAUUGAAAGAUAGGAUAAUUGUUUGUGCAUUCAAUGUUAAUUUAUAUCUCAUAUCCAUAGAUCGUGAUCGGGAUCGUGUGCCGGAUGAUAGGAUUCCUCCAGGACGUUAUCCACCAGGUGAUCGGUAUCCGAUGGGACCGAGACCCGACUAUGGAGGUGAAUCUUUCCCCGGUGGCUAUCCACCAACGGAUCGCUACCCAGGGGUUACCGACCGCUACCCAGCCGGUCCCGGUACUGAUCGCUAUCCAACCGGUGGCGGUGAAUACGAUGGACGCUAUCCACCCGUGUACGACAAUCGCUAUCCAGGCGAUCGGUACGGUCCAACCGAUCGCUAUCCCGGAGAUCGUGAUCCCGAUCCUAUGUAUCCAGGACCGGGAGGUCCUAUGCGGUAUCCACCGCCACUUCCACCACCAGAUUCACGCUAUCCUUCCGACUCACGCUAUCCUCCACCGAUGCCAGAUUCUCGCUAUCCGAUGGAUCGGUAUCCACCUCCACCUGAUUCACGCUAUCCCUCUGAUUCGCGUUAUCCUCCCGAUGCACGUUACCCACCAACCCAACCGGACACUGGCCGUUAUCCAGCUGGGCCAGCACCGGACUCACGCUAUCCACCUCCGCCGGUACAUUCUCAGCGUCCCGAUUCGAGGUACCCAAUGAUGGCACCACCGGCCACUCGCUAUCCUCCACCCCAGUACAUGCCACACAUGUACGGAUCGGGUGUGUAUCCGGUAGUACCGUCGAGAGCACCACCAAACCGUGGCUACCCACCCGAUCCAUAUCCGGCACCGGUACGUCCAGUAGACAGCAAUCGUUAUCCACCGCCGGAAACACGCUAUCCACUCGAACCGAUCGGAGCGCAGGGUCGGUAUCCUCCACCAACCUCGCCGAAUGUUUCACCGUUCCACAAGUACAUGACCGGACCGGGACGUCCGCCGGGCUACGAUCCUUACAUGGGAGGCUAUGAACCGCAGCGUGGUUACGUUGACGAUCGUUACGGUGGAUACUACCCCAGUGCCGGAGGUCGCCUUCCACCACCAAUUCCAAUGCCUGCGUUCCCUGAUCGUGAUCGUGGUUACCGUCGACCGGCAGUCGGUAUGGCACCGGACGGCGGUGGCUAUCCGUUCGAAAUACCUUACGGACCGUCAGGAACCGGGUACGACAAUACACUCGGCGGAGGUGACGGAUUCGGUGGUUACGGACCCCAGCGACCGUACGAAACGCGGUGUGACAAUUCGGACGUUUUCAAGCAAGUUGCCUCGAAGCGCAAGAUGCGCAAGCAGUACAUUCGGCGCGUGAUCAAUGCACCGUCACUCGGCAUCUGCCAGCAGGAGUGUGCCGGAGCGCGGGACUUUAUGUGCCGUAGCUUCAACUAUCGGGACAGUGCACCUUACGAAACGGAAGGCAACUGUGAGUUGAGUGAUCGUGAUUCGCGCGAUUUGGAAGUGCCGAGUACGCAGAUGUUCGAGAGUGACAGCUCCGAUUACUACGAGCGUACACCGGGCCGUGGAGGUCCGCACGACGAAUGUCUUGACGUUGGACAGGUUUGUAAUGAGGAUGGUAUGGAAUUUACGCUCCGCACACCGGAAGGCUUUGUGGGACGUAUUUAUGCGUACGGGUUCUACGAUCGGUGCUUCUUCCGUGGUAACGGUGGUACGGUGAAUGUGCUGAGAAUUAGUGGACCACAGGGAUAUCCGGAGUGUGGCACGCAACGGUAUGGUGACACGAUGACAAACAUCAUAGUGGUACAGUUCUCGGAUAACGUACAAACUGGCCGUGAUAAGCGAUUCAAUCUGACCUGCAUGUUCCGAGGACCUGGUGAAGCUGUAGUCACGUCGGGAUAUAUAGGCGCAGGAUCUGGCAGCCCGAUCCCGAUCGAGUAUCUGCCAGCGGAGAACUCGAUGAGCAACAAGGUGCGCUUGAUGAUACUAUACCAAGGACGCCCAACAACCACGAUCGCUGUUGGUGAUCCACUAACUUUCCGACUGGAAUCGCAAGAUGGUUACAGUCACGCUACGGACAUUUUUGCAACGAACGUGGUCGCUAGGGAUCCAUACUCUGGACGAAGUGUUCAGCUGAUCGAUAAUUAUGGAUGCCCUGUGGAUAGUUUAGUGUUCCCCGAACUCGGAAGAUCCCGCGAUAAUGACGCGCUGGAGGCACGGUUCAACGCAUUCAAGAUACCGGAAUCGAACUUCCUCGUGUUCGAAGCUACCGUAAGAACGUGUCGUGGAGGAUGUCAACCGGCUUACUGUCCAGGACCUAGCGGACGCUCAGAACCUUCAUUCGGCCGUCGCAAGCGUUCGAUCGAGAACGUUACAGAAACGAUCGGUACAGCCGAACCACUGGUAGCCGAAAGCGAUGAUCAGGAAGACGACGAAGUGUCGAUCGUGAACGGUACAAUGGUGAAUGAAAAUGCCACCAGUGCAAAGGAAAAGGAUACCUCCGGGACGAUAGCAGCAGAGGCGGAAGUAACGAGCCCGGGCGAAAUGCCAGAGCAAGUGCGCGAAAUGAUUGAGGUGUUUCAAUCUCGCGAAGAGAUGCAACAGGAUACGGUCGCACGCAAGAUGGUCGCACCGAUCGAGUCCGUUUGCUUGACGCAUGCCGAAUACUAUGGGUUGAUCAGUGCGGUCAUUCUGUUGAUUAUCUUGCUGAUCAGCAUUACGUUCGCGGCAGGAAUCGUGUACCGUAGCUAUUGGAAGGUGUUUAUCAAGAACCGUACACUCGAUCGUAGCUCGCCAGUGAAUUCGUUUAGCCCGUCCGCACUGCACAACGUGUCCGGAAGUCAGUUUGAAGCGUCCGGAAGGACACACUCGACGGCAAGCCGUGGAGGACCUCACGUACGUACACCGGGUGUUUCACUGUUCGGAAGCGGUCUUCAGAAAACGUUCGCUACUGGUAAUCUAUCACGCAUGUGUCAGAUACCGGUAAUGAAUCCACUGUCCAGGAAUGGUGCACCCAAAAGUGAAUUUGAUGACCCGAGCGAACCGAUCUACACUGAUCCAUCCCUUUUUGAACGAUCAAGAUCACUGCGCAGCAUAGCCGUCGAUCAAACGGAAGAUGGCAACAAUGUCUGA